AUGGAUUAUUCACUAAAAAGCCUCAGCCACGCCCAGGCCCUUGGUCUAGCGGUAGCCCUCUGUCUGCUUGGCUACAUUGUCACAACCGAGCUCAGAUAUCGACACCUCUCGGGAUUUCCCGGCCCCAUUCUCGCGAGAUACACAAAUGCCUACCGUGCAUAUCUGGCCUGGAGAUACUCCAAUCGCCCUGGCGGCAUCUCUUACCACGAAUACCUUCACAAUAAGUACGGCACCACCGUGCGCAUGGGCCCCAACAUAGUCUACACUGACGAUCCCGGCGCAAUUCCGCUCGUGUUGGGCUUCAAAGACCGACUGAUGAAGACGGACCAUGUGAAUGCGCUGCAGGUGCCCGGUCAGCCAGCAAACAUUGGUGGCAUUCGAGACGAAAAAGAACACAACCGGUCUCGAAGUGCAAUCGAGGUGGUCUAUUCUCUGUCCAGCCUCAAGGGAUAUGAGCCACUGGUGGACGAGACGAUUGUGGAGUUGACGAGGGUGUUUGAAGGCAAGGCUCGAGCAGGAGAGGUCGUAAACAUUUCUGAAUGGUGCCACUACUAUGCCUACGACUCCAUCACAAAUGUCACAUACGGAGAGCCGACCGGGUUCAUCCGCAACGGGAGGGACAUGUACGACCUGAUUUCUAGCCAGCUUAAGCACAUAUCAUAUGUCCGGGUGGCAACCCAGUGGCCUUUUCUGGACUAUGUCCUACGCACGAACCCCAUAGCGUUGGCCCUGAACAAGCAGAAGGCGAGCAGAGCAAGCGCCUUUUUCCAAUAUUCUGCCGAGCGUGUCAAUGCCGAGAUGGUCAAAGAGAAAGGAGCGAGCGCAGCCCCAAAGACAAUGUUGCAUCAUCUCCUAGACGCCAGAGACAAGCACCCAGACGUCCUGGACAAUGCCAGGGUCCAGAUGUUCUGCACAGUCAACCUUCUGGCCGGCACGCUCAGCCCGUCCUUCACUGUCGACUUCAUCAUGAGAUGGCUGGCGCAGCACCCGGAGAGACAGGAGCGCCUGUAUCGCGAGGUCAAGGAGCACUGUACCACCUACCCGGUUCCCCUGGAUGACACCUUCAAGAUGCCAUACCUGCAAGGUCUCGUCCGCGAGGGGUAUCGGCUCAGCUACGCCAGCGAUAUCGGCAUGGAGAGGGUGGCCGGACCAAAGGGCAUCCCACUGCGCGAUGGGCGGAUGCUCCCGCCCGGCUACGGCAUCGGGCUGAGCCACCCGGCCAUCCAGAAAGACGAGACUGUUUUUGGUGACCAGCCGCAAGUUUGCCGACCCGAUCGUUGGAUGCAAGGCCCCAACGAGUCUGCUGCGGAAUACAAGGCGCGCAAGGGAUACAUGGACAGGACGGACUUGACCUUUAGCAAGGGGAGCCGAAAUUGCAUCGGAAAGGGUUACACCCAGAUGGAGGUGGCCAAAGUGGUGGCCUCUAUUGUGGCUAAGUUUCAGCUCCGCCUUGUCGGCGAAGCACACAUUCGCAACGUUCGUGUUCGUCUCGUGAUCCGAGAAUAG